AUGUCGGACAUCGAUAAUGCGGUCCACACAAGCUGCGAGCUUCCUGAAUUCGGGCAAGAGUUCUGCUGGCAAUGGCAGCUUCCAGACAUCAUCACAUAUACCUCUUGGUGCGAGGGCGAACACUCGGAGCUGGACUCGCAGGCGCGAGAAGAGCAGGCGCCAUCAGCUACAGACGCAGAGCUGGAGCCCGAGAUCGCCCAUCGGGGAAUGCUACCGCCGCCGAUCGGGGAAUUCUACCCAUCGGUGCAGAACCAGAGCGCGCGCGCAGCGGUGCAGAACCAGAGAGAUCUGCAGACCUCCUACACCGACAUGUCGAUCAUCGAGCUCUCGGCUUUCGUGAGGUUCCAACAGUGGCUCACACAACAAGCAGGCGCCACGAGCGGGAACGCCCCCUACGCCGAGGCCUGGGACCGCCUCGACUGCGACGACAUGGCCACGUGGGUCCCCGACGAUCCGCGCGCCGUGAUCGCAGUACGGGCGCGUGCGAGAAGCAGCUGGGACGCGAUCGGCAGACCGACGGAGGCCGAGCCUCCGACCCCCUUCCAGCAGCCCCAGGACGGCUCGCAUUGCGAGCACUUCGACAGCCGCCGCAAGGACGAUAGAUGCCAUGCGAACGCGCGGCCCCAGGACGACUCGCGCUGCGAGCACUCUGACGGCCGCCGCGGGGACCAGUUCACGAGCAACCAGUUCACAAACCACCUCUACUUCGGCUUCUCGGGCGGCCGGGGGGCCGCACGGUGCCUCCAGCGCCGGGCCGCGCCCGUGGGCACGCAGCCCAGCCUCGCGCGCAUGAGCGGCGGGGGCGGCGAGCACGCCCACGAGGUCCUGGAGAGCGUCCGCGAACUCCUCCGCGGCCAGCGGCGGCUGGAGCAGCUGCUGGCGAGCCUCGGGCCGGGCCCAGGUGCAGCCGCUGCCGACGGCGACCACAGCCAGGCCGUGGCUGGGGCCCGUCUGCAGGAGGGUGUGGAAGAGAAGCCGCCGGGCUUCCUGCAAGAGCUCAACCCGCAGGACAGCAGCAGGUCAUCUCUCGGGAGCCGGCUGUGGCUGGAGGCCGUCGCGGUCCGAGAGGAGUUUGCGAAUUGUGGUGGCAGCGAACAGCUUGUCAGGGAGUUUGACUGGCACACUUCAGCUACGAGAUCGAAACGUAACGUGGGUCGAUCUACGUCUCUGGUCGCGCAGCUCUCACGCAACUCAUCCAAACCGGCACUAAAGUCAGGAAGUGCGUGGGCAAGAGGGAGCCGUCUUUGCUAUUACACCGUGCUUUCUCCAGCUGGCAAUGUGCGGGCGUGCGUCGACGUUAUGAGCUUAGUCGUGCUUGCAUACAACUUGUUUACAAUCCCAUACCUGCUCUCGUUUGAAGUUGACGACACAGUGGGUCUUUGGUUCACCUUUGAAAACUUAUCAGCAGCGUUCUGGUUUGUUGAUAUGAUAAUGAGUUCCAGGACAGCGGAUUAUCAAAACGGGCACCUCAACAUGCACCCUUGGAACAUCGCUUGCCGUUACUUGAGAAGAAGCUUCUUCUUGGACAUCGUAACGCUUUCGGUGGACAUCUCGUCUCUGAUCAUCCGUGUCGGGGCCGAGUCUUCCAAUACGAAUCCUGCGGCGUUUGUCCGUUUGUUCAAGGUCGGGCGGGUAUUGCGGCUCGUUGGGGUGUUGCGGAUGCGAAACAUCGGUAGCAUCCUGGAUCGAUUGGAGAGCAUUUCCCAGGCUGUUCGCAUGAAGGCGCUCACAGGAUCGCUUCUGAACCUUGGCAAAUUCGCGAUCCUGCUGAUCUGGAUCAACCACACGAUCGCCUGCAUCUGGUGCUUCCUGGGGCAGGAGGACGGCCAGCAGAAGUCCGUGUCCGACACGGGCUCCACGUGGAUGGACUCGGAGAGCGGGGGGGCCGAUGGCAGACCGUACCGCUGGUACGGGCCCACAUACCAAUACAUCCAGACUCCGUUUCACUGGGCCUUGACCCAGAUGACGCCUGGGUCCAUGCAGGUCGUCCCUUUGAACAGCUCAGAGAGGGUGUUCAACAUUUGUUGUCUCAUGGGUGGCCUCAUGAUAUUCUCCACUCUGAUCUCGGCGAUCUCGGCAAACGCGGCGCAGCUGAAGAUCGACAUGCAGCGGUACAGCAAGGAGAUGGAGAGGGUGACCAAGUUCCUGCAGAGGUCGCACAUUCACGCAGAUACCAGAAUGCAGGUGUGCAAGCAGGUGAAGACGAAGUUGAUGCAGCGGCGCCCAGAUGUGGUCAAGGACCUGGAAGUCCUCGACCUGCUCUCCAUAUCCCUGCGCCAAACUCUUCAGCUGGAGCUCUGCAACCCACACCUCCUCGAGCACCCGAUGCUCAACUUCUUCUAUAAUAACGACAGCGCGAUGUGGAAGCAGAUUUGCAUGACAUGCGUGCGCUUCUCAGCACUGGUGAAAGGAGACAGCCUGUUCGUCUUCGGGGACGAGGCGGAGGGCAUGCACUUCGUCGUGAACGGCGCCCUGUCCUACGAGCUGGACGACAGAUUCCCUGCGGGGCCGUCGACGGAGGCACAUGCCGGCACCUGGCUCUCCGAGGCGGCGUUGUGGUGCCAUUGGCGGCACAUGGGCUGCGCCGAGACCCUCACGGGUUGCGAGGUGCUGCUGCUGAGAGCCGCUACUCUGGUUCCGAUCCUGACGAGGAUCGGUCUGAUCGGGCAGUUGGUGUGCGCGUACGCCCGCAGCUUCCACCAUUUCCUGCGGAACUCCACCUCAUCCAUGUCUUGCGAGUGGCCAAACGACCUCGUCUUGCCCUUCAAGCCGGACGAGGUCAUUGCCGCGAUGCCGAAGAGCGUGACGGCCGUCAUUGGGCAGGGGGCGAUCGACGUGUUGAUGGCACCGUCUGAGUCUCCCCUCUCCAGCUGGCUCCACGGAGUAAGCCAGGACAACAUCCAGAGGUUGGCCUCGGAGGUGCGGGAAGGUAGGACCACGCUGCUCGUGACUGGCAAGAGGGAUGUCGUGCGUUGUGUGCCGUUGGUGGUGCUGGAGAUGCAUCGCCACGACGGCGGGUGUUCGUCCGCAUGAGGCUCGACAGAAAGGCGAACGGAGAUCAGGAGGCGAACUGCAGGUUGCCUGGGGGCAGGCAGGAGGUGGGGGAGCACCCGGACAAAUGCCUGGAGCGGUUGCUGAGGGGAAAGCUCAAAGCGCUUGCCAGCGGCAUCACAGUGGUCGGGGUGGAGAGGCGCAGCGAGCAGGACAACUCCCGGAAGUUCGGAGUGCCGACGAGGUACAUCCGCACGGUCGUGCUGGCGGAGUGGCAGGAGUCCGAGCAGGACAUCCGGGCCCUCGGGAGUGCGAGGCUGUCGGCGAUGGCGCCCGUGACCUGGAAAGAUUCCUCGCGCAGCGACGGCUCAUCCGGCAGCGUUGCCCAGACCUUCAGAGCUUCUACGUUCAGGCCGAGGAGGACUAGGACCACGAAGCACGAGAUGAGGCCCUCGGUGACAGUCGGCACGGAGGUCUUCAUGCUCGCGGAAGACGUAGGGUUCUACGCUUGGCUCACAAAAGAACAGUUGGCCUUUCUUCAGGGCCCUCAGGGUCAACACAGCCUGUUCAACUGGCUCUCGGAGCUAUACCGCAGAGUCGGUGUGAAUCCCGACGUCCCGGACGGGGGCGAGACGUGGAAGAGCGCUUGGCUGUCCACGUUCGGAGAGGACGCGAAGCUUGACGGAGGGGAGCUGGGCCAUGCUCCACACCAGAACCCUGACCUGCGCGACCAGGAGCCCGGGAUGGACUCUUCCUCGCUCCAGGCCACGUGCCAAGACCAGCACGGGCCCGGCUCUCCAGGUGCCCUGAGGCACGGAGGCGACCUCAUCGAUCCGCUUGGCACGGAGGCGAUCUGAGCUGGGCUCUCGCCUCGCGCGCCGCACGCCUUCCUUGCCGCCAACAGUUGCGCGCGGGGCCGUGGUGGCGCUGCCCUGGGCGUCGGUGACAGCCCGCCUCGGGUGACGUUGCGCGGCCUGAUUCAAUCCAGAGUUCCCAGCUGGGACCAGAGCAUCAAGCAGUGGCGAAGCGUCUUGGGAAAAAAUGUUUGGGGUUAUAUGAAAAGUUCGUUGUACGCCUAUAGGAAUGCCGGGACGGCCGGUCCCUGCUAUGCACCGCUUGUCGCGCCCGCAACGAUAGCAGUGAGUAUUGCUGUGAUAACUCACUGAGAAGCCACAUUGCCUCGUUCGUUGACCGAUUGUGUUUUGUUAUUUCUCCAGGCAGGUCGCGUCGGGAGGACCUAGUGGUCGAUCUCUGUUGUCCGGACUCGGCUUUGCACGGCGAAAGGUGCACGGCGACGGCAAAGGAUUGUCGUAGCGGUCGAAAGGUGCACGGCGCUCAGCCGCGACUCCCGUCGGCGAUGUUCAAUUAUUGUUCGUCGCGGGAGCCGAAGUUUAAAGUCGCACAACACCAUAACUUGAUUAGGGUCUCCAUGGGCGCAGGACAGGAUUAAGAUCAUAUGGCCUCGAACUGAGCCACCUCCAAUCCGGCAAAAGUUCACCAACCCCCUCUCCCCGUUGUCAAUCUGGCCCGCACAGUCAAGAUUUGCGGGAGUGUCUGCCUGUCGCCUACGCUGCUGUACGUAGUUUUCCUGCGGCCGGGCAGGCCCCCCCCCCCAGCCUCAGCGACGUUCGACUGAGGCGAUCGUUCGCUACGAAGCCGAGCGCAGUCCGGGAAGCCUUCUAGGGUGUGCGCUCGUUGCCAGUUUUUGCUGCUCCCCAGUCUACAAACAGUCCUUGCACUUAGGGCCGA